AUGGCUAUGCGAGCGAGGCAGAAAAUAAGGGCUCCACGAAAGGGCCUCGGAGCCGCUAGCGGAGCGGAUGCAUUUGAAUCGAAUUGGAAGAAUCUAUCCAGUUCAUUAAAGAGAAUUCACACCAAGAACGCUUCCGAACUAUCCUUCGAGCAGCUGUACCGAGACUCGUAUAACAUCGUGCGGUUCCAGCGUGGCGACGAACUAUACGAGCGGACAAAACAGCUAGAGAAAGAAUGGCUGUGCGAGGAAGUUCAGAAGCAGGUCGUUGGCGGAAUUUCUUCAAGCCUGUUGCUGGCUAAGGAAGUUGUCGAUGUGCAAGACCAAGCGGUGGAAAGGCGGGCGGCUGGAGAGAGGUUUCUGACGGUUUUGAAAGAGGCGUGGGAGGAUCACCAGCUUUGUAUGAAGAUGUUUACGGAUGUCUUGAUGUACAUGGAUCGAAACAUCGCGCAGGACCCUCGAAAAGUCUCUAUAUACUCUGCCGCCAUGGCAUUGUUUCGCGACCACGUACUUCGCGCCCCGAUACAGUCAGACACCACGACGACAGUCGGUGAUGUGCUCAAAUCCACGGUGCUCUUCAUGAUUCAGCUAGAACGAUCAGGGCACAUGAUCGACCGGGCUCUAAUUCGGCACUGCAUCUACAUGCUGGAGGGCCUGUACGAAACGCAGGCGGAGGAAGAAUCAUCCAAGUUAUAUUUGACCUCAUUUGAGCCGGAGUUUUUGGAAACCAGUACGGCUUUCUACAAAGCUGAGGGGCAACGGCUGCUGGAAAUGGCAGACGCUGCCACCUUCUGCAUCGCCGCGUUGGACCGGAUAACGGAAGAAAAAGAACGGUGUCUCUAUACACUUUCGUCUAUCAGCGAACACAAGAUCAAAGAAGUACUGGACAACGAACUGAUUCGGAACAAUCUUGCCGAGGUUAUCAACCUCGAGGGUACGGGAGUCCGGGCCAUGCUGGAUACGGACAGGCUGGAUAUUCUGGGCAGCAUCUACGCCCUUAGUGCACGAGUCGACGCUAAAAAACCGCACCUCACAGCUGCGGUUCAGAAACGGGUCGUCGAAAUGGGCCGAGAGAUCAACACUGCUUCUGUCGCGUUAACUCAGGCGCCUGCUCCUGCAAAGCCGAAUGGCACGGAUACAGGCCAAAAGAAGGAAAAAGAGAAGGAGAAGCCUGUCAACCAGCUCACGUCAUCCGCAAUCAAAUGGGUUGACGAUAUACUCCUGCUCAAGCAGAAGUUCGAUAACAUUUGGCGGCAAUCUUUCCAGUCUGACCAGAUAAUGCAGACCGCUAUAACUGCCAGCUUUUCCGAAUUCAUCAACUCCACGACACGCAGUUCCGAAUUCCUUUCGCUGUUCUUCGACGAGAACCUGAAAAAAGGCAUCAAGGGUAAAACUGAAGCCGAGGUUGACUCUCUGUUGGACAAUGGAAUUACUCUUCUACGCUACGUAAAGGACAAGGACCUUUUCGAAGCUUACUACAAGAAGCACCUCUCUCGCCGGCUGCUGAUGAAACGCUCAGUGAGCAUGGAUGCCGAACGACAGAUGAUAUCAAAGAUGAAGAUGGAAGUCGGCAACCAGUUUACCCAGCGAUUAGAAGCCAUGUUCAAGGAUAUGACCAUCUCGGAGGACCUAACUGGAAGUUACAAGCAGCAUAUUGAGAGGCAAGGCGAUCCCGACGUGAAACGCAUCGACCUAGACAUCAAUGUUCUCACCAGCACCAUGUGGCCCAUGGAGAUCAUGUCGAAUACCAGAGACGGCCAAGUCGAGCUUCCAUGCAUCUUCCCUAGAGAGAUUGAAACCACCAAACACAGCUUUCAGAAGUUCUACCUAAGCAAACACAGUGGCCGCAAACUCUCCUGGCAACCAAGCAUGGGCACAGCAGACAUCCGAGCAACCUUCCAACGAUCCAACGGCAAAACGCAGCGCCACGAACUCAACGUUUCUACCUAUGCCAUGGUUAUCCUCCUCCUCUUCAAUGACAUCCCCACCGGCGAAUCCUUGACAUUUAACGAAAUCCAAGCACGCACCCGAAUCCCCGAUAACGACCUCAUCCGCAACCUCCAAUCACUAGCUGUCGCGCCCAAGACGCGAGUACUCAAGAAAGAUCCUAUGAGCAAGGAUGUCAAACCAACAGACAAAUUCUUUUUUAACAACGAUUUCCAAAGCCCAUUUAUGAAGGUCCGCAUUGGCGUUGUUAGCGGUGGCGCAAACAAGGUCGAAUCGCAGGAUCAGCGCAAGGAAACGGAGAAGAAGAUGAAUGAUGAGCGCGGUGCCAGCAUCGAGGCUGCUGUUGUUAGGAUUAUGAAACAACGCAAGAAGCUCAUUCACUCAAACCUCAUAAGCGAAGUCCUCAGCCAGCUCUCCGCGCGCUUCGUUCCAGACGUCAACAUGGUCAAACGGCGCAUCGAAAGUCUCAUCGACCGUGAAUAUCUGGAGCGUGUCGCCGAGGAUCCUCCGACAUACGGCUACGUUGCAUGA